UGGUUCUCGGUCUGGUGAUUGCUUCGGUUGUGCACGCGCAGCCGCUCAGCGAUGAAGACCCAGAGAACAACGCCCUGGCUCUGGACGACUACACUCAACUGCUGGAGCGUCUGCUGGCGCGUCCUCAGGCUGACAAACGAUCGUCUAUGAUUCACCUGUUCAGGAGAUCUUGCAUCCGCCGCAUGAGCUCCUGCGACCAUCGUCCCAGCGACUGCUGCUACAACAGCACAUGUCGCUGUAACCUCUGGGGCAGCAACUGCCGGUGUCAGCGAGCUGGACUCUUCAAGAAUUGGGGAAAAUAAACGUCAUGAUGUCAUCUGCAACACGGCGCGAGGCACGGUAUAUUAAUAAACGUCUUGAUGUCAUCUGCAACACGGCGCGAGGCACGGUCUAUGUCUAAGCGUGUAGACCGGGUCUCUAUUUCGGCGAUGUGUCCUCUUCCAAGUAUCUAUCAUUUCGAUAAUUCAUCCGUAUUUUCCAAUUACCUAUAGACCAGCAUUUCAAUAAUUAGACUUGCUAUGAUUCACGAAUUUUUUUUUUUCGAUCUUUAGUUCAAGGACAUUCACUGUCAUGCCUGAUAUUAAAUUUCCGACGGACUUAUCGCCCCAGAAAAGAGCCUCGAUCACAAAGCAGGUUCGUGUCUCACCACUGCUAGAAACUCCCCUCACUGGAAGGAUGAUAAGCGAUAAAACUCUUAAUUGCCUAUCGUAUUUUCUCCCCUCAAUAACAUCAAGGAUACAAUAGCAAUUCUGUUCAUUGAUCGAAACAAUCGGUACAUUUUCAUAUCUUUUUUCGCAUUGAAACACUACAUUUUUGAAAAGUUUUAACCGGUCGCUUCCAGUUCAAUUCCCAGAUUAUCACUUUGAUCUUUUCGCUUAACAACUACACCGUAAAAUUAUUUAUUUAUCAGCGAACUACGAAGCUCCUUAUCUUGCACAUUAUCAAGAGUUUAAUGAAUGUUGGAAGUUCUAACACUAACUUUUACUUAAUGUUGAAUGACGUCUUCAAUUAUUUAUAGCUCAUAAGCUUCUUCAAAUGAUCUCGAUGUUUACAAUCCAUCAUAUUAAAGCCCGAUGAUUACAAAUUCGGAACAUAUAACAUAGAAAUUCUUCCAUAUUGGUACGAGCCAAUUAUUCGUGUUCUUCCAUGAAUAGAUUGCAGUAAGCGAAAUAGAUACAUUGAUGUUUAGAGGAGAGAGCUGACUCUAGAAGACAUUAUUACUCUACAUUUUGCCUAAAUUGAGAUUUUUGCGAGGCGCUAGAAAUUAUUUGAUUGAUACGAUAUCGAAGUUAAAAAUUAAAAACUUAAAAUAUUAAAGCAGAUUUGCCAACCGAAAUCCAGCCUCUGAUUUCCAUUUGGCAAUGCUGGUCCACUUUGGUAAUGCACGUAAUAAUUUCAAUGCCGAAAUAAAUUGGAUCUCCAAAGUUAAAUUUGAAAAUAUCUUCAGAUAUAACUUGGUCAAACGUGUUGACGAAAGUUGCCAGUUGAUUGGAUGUUUUCCAGCCGAACAGCCAACCAGCGCGGCGACAUGCGCUCGACGCUAGCAUGUAGAGUCAGCUUCCUUCUCACUAGUUUUAAGAAGAGACAAAAAACGAACAAUCAAGUUCA